AUGGGGGACCUCGCGAUCUCCGAGGUAUUCUACCAGCAGCUGCGCCAGAAGCCCGAGGACGAGCUCAGCGUGCGGGAGUGGGUGCAGCUCCGCUUCCACGAGGCCCGCGGCGCCCACGGCGCGGAGGCGGAGCGGCUGCGCCGGGAGGUGGACGCGCUGCGGGAGAGCGUCGUCUCGCUGCGCCUGCGCGCCGAGCGCGCGGAGAGGCUGCUGCAGCAGCGGGAGGCGGCGGCGCACGAGCUCGAGCGGGAGCUGGAGUCGGCGCUGGGCCGCGAGUCGGCGCUGGGCGCCCAGCUGAGGGCCUGCGAGGCCCGGGCGGCCGAGCUCCACGACAAGGGGCUGCGCUUCGACGACGCGGCCCAGGAGGUGGAGCGGCUGCGCGCGGACUCGCAGGGCCUCCAGGCGGCGCUCGCCGCGCAGAGCUCCGCGCAGCAGCAGCUGGGCAGGGAGAGGGCGGACGUCUCCGAGAGGCUGCUGCAGCUGGAGUGCGAGCACAGCUUGCUGAAGAAGGACGCGGAGGCCCACGAGAAGAGAUGCCGGGCACAGGAGGAGCAGCUGCGGCGGCGCGAGGAGGAGGCCGCGGAGCUCCGGGCCAAGGUGGAGUCGCUGAAGGAGAAGAAGCGCGAGCUGGUGCGCAAGGCCGAGGCCGAGCAGCAGAGCGUCACCCAGGAGUUCCGCGACAAGGUGGACGCUGAGAUCAGGAGGCUGCAGGAGCAGUCUCGGGCGGAGCUGGAGGCCGUGCGCACGAACCUCAAUGCCCUCCACGAGAGGGAGAUCCGCAUGCUGCAGGAGCGCGCGGACGCCGCAGAGGCGAGGGCGCUGGAGACGCGGCGCCGGCUGGAGGACGAGGAGCACGCGCACCAGGCCCUGCAGCUCUCCGCCGGCCGCACGCGCGCGGAGCUGCAGAACGAGAUCACGGAGCUCACCGGCGUGCUCAAGUUGCGUGCGUUCGAGGCCCAGCGGGCCACCCUCACGCACGAGGAGGUCAGCUGCGCGAGGCAGCAGCUGGAGGCCGAGAGCGAGGCGCUGAAGCAGCAGGUGGAGGUGCUCAAGAAGGAGUACUACAUCCUGGAGGUGCAGCACCGCGAGGGCCGCGCGGCGGAACGCGCGGAGCUGGCGUCGCUGCGAGAGCAGCUGCACGGCUACGUGGAGGUCGAGCGCGAGCUCGACGCCGCCAUCCGCGCCUGCGCGGACGACGGGCCGCCGGCAAGCGUCGACGAGGCGCUCCUGAUCGGCACCACCCUGGCCAGCGCGCCCACUAGCUCGCAGAGGCGCAUCCAGCAGUCCCUCCUGCUGGCGCACGAGCUGCAGCGGCGCACCAGGGAGGCGGCAGAGUCCCGCCACUCGCUGGGCCAGGCGCAGGCGGAGGUCGUGCAGCUCCGCGAGGAGCUCGAGGCCGCACGCCAGGAGAUGCAGUACACCUCGGAGCCGCAGGCCUACCUCCUGGACGCGCUGCGGCGGCAGCAAGAGGAGCUCCUCGCGCUGCGGCGGGACGCGAAGGCCCGCGACGCGGAGCUGCAGCGGAGCCGCCAGGCGGCGGAACAGGCCGUGGCCUCGAAGGCGCAGGUCGAGGAGGACCUCCGGCGGCUUCUGGCGCAGCGGGAGCACCUCGCGGGCCUCCGCGCGCUGCUCGCCCACAGCGACGGCGCGGCCCCGCCCUCGGCCGCGGCACGGGCCGCAGAAGCCGCCGAGGAGACGGCCGCGCGCGCAGAGAACCGGGGCCGGGCGCCGAGCCAGGGGGCGGCUGGCCAGGCCGCGCCGCGCCAGGGGGCAGCCGCCGACGCGCCCCUGGGCGCCUCCUCCGCCGGCGCAGGAAGCACGGCCCUGGGAGCAGGGGGGCCAGCCUGGCUGCAGCGGCUGAGGGCGAAGGGCCUGUCGGAUCCGCCCGCGGUCGACGUCCCCGUCGUCCUCGGCCAGUGA